AUGUCACCCAUGGUAAAUGAGUGUGUAAUGGAAACCUUUGAAAUGCUUAUCAGACUGGCUGAGAAUUACACAAGCACACUUUUCUGCAACAGAUAUAGAAACAUGGCUGCUGAGGCUACUACACAUGUUCAGGAGUUUUUCACAGAUGUUGGACUCUUCCUGUUUGGCACAGACGUUAGCACAGAGGAAUUUGUCGACAGGUUUUUUGACACCCUGUUCCCAGUAGUCUACAACCAUGUGAUUAACCGUGGUCUGACUGACAUUUCACUUGAAUAUGCGGAGUGCCUCCGAAUGCUGAGAAGGGACAUCAGACCCUUUGGUAACAUUCCCAAAAAGGCCGUAGGACAAAUGGGAAGAUCACUGUUAUCCAGCCGGACUUUCUUGCAGGCUCUGAAUUUGGGGAUUGAAGUGAUCAAUACAACAGAUCAUCUGCAUUUCUCUAAAGACUGCAGCAGAGCUUUGCUGAGAAUGCAGUACUGUCCCCAUUGCCAAGGGCUGACUUUAAGUAAGCCCUGUAUGGGCUACUGCCUCAACGUCAUCCGAGGCUGCUUAGCUAACAUGGCAGAAGUUGAUCUUCAUUGGCGGGGAUAUAUUCAGUCCCUGGAGGAGCUCUCAAGUGCAAUGAGUGGAACAUAUGACAUUGAGCAAGUGCUUCUAAACUUUCACUCACUUGUUAAUGACGCUCUCAUACAGGCUCGUAUCAAUGGGCCAGAAUUAUCUGAGCAGGUGAAAAAGGUAUGUGGUCCUCCUGUAAGGAAGCCUACACAGUCUCAAGGUUGCUCCUUUGAUCAGAACAAAGACAAUCAAAGGUUAAAGAAGUUCUCAAGAGACAGUGAAGAAACCCUCGCCAAUAGAAGAAAAGAAUUUAUCAGCCACCUCCGGCUCUACAGAGCCUUUUACGGCGGCCUGGCUGAUCAUCUGUGCGGGAAUGAGUUGGCAGCUGCCGAUGGACUCCCGUGUUGGAACGGAGAAGAUGUUUCCAAUGCUUUGGCAGCACCAAGGCCCAAUGAGUGGUUGACUCCCUUGAUCGGCUCAUUGGGAAAG